AUAGAAAUUAUCUGGAAAAAAAAACAUUUAGGGGAAGCUAAGUCAGCUAAACGUUUCCCAAUUUAAGCUAAGCUAACAACUAGCAGAUUAGCUGGUAGUGCCCACCACUGUCUUAAUUUCACUUAAACUCUUUUCUUGCUAAGAGUUUCUCUUUGUUUGCUUCACAGGAGUGACUGAAAGUUUAACAAGAUGUUCUUCAUCUCACAAGACUGAAGGAAAAUCUGCAUCAAAUGAAACAAACAAACUUCCUAGAAUAACUUUUAUUGCACCUGCGCUCGAAAUAACCUUUAAUCAUGUCAAAAGAUGAAGCUUGCAAAGUUACGUCUGCCGGCAAACACAAAGAGCGAAAACCGAAGAAGCCGCACUACAUCCCGCGCCCCUGGGGGAAACCCUACAACUAUAAAUGCUUCCAGUGUCCCUUCACCUGCAUGGAGAAAUCCCACCUGUACAACCAUAUGAAGUACAGCCUCUGCAAGAACUCACUGUCUCUGCUCAUAGAGUCGGAUUGGCCCUACAAGAAGGGCAACAUCCUGCACCCAGACCAGCUGCGGCCCUUCCAGCAAGCGCACGGCCUGCACGCUGCAGGGAAGGAUGAACUAGAGCAGGUAAUCUGCAGCGAGGAGAAGCAGGGCCAGCGGAGGUCUGAGGAGGAGGACGGCGAGGGCAGAGAGACUCAGGGAGCGGAGGAUGAGGAAGAGGGAGGGCGAGAGGACCGCCCAGAAAUCAGCGGAUCGGCCAAAGCUGGUUCCCACAACAGCAGAGGAGAGUCUCCAGAAACUGCAACCAAAAGGAUCAAACAGCCAGAGUCAGAGCUGCUGAUGGCUGACAUGCUUUCUCUGGAAGAUCAGCUGCUGCGAGCUCGCUCCGCAGAGGUGGAGGCCCAGCUCAGGCACUACAAGCUACCGAAGACAUGCCUAGCGAGUCCUGGGCUUCUGUCGGAGCAGUGGCGGCUGCUUGCAUCCAGUCACUCAAAAGCUAAAGCAGAAGGCGCGCAGCAGCGAGCCAGCGGUUCAAUCCCCUGCUACCCUCCUCCGACCAACCUGGCGGACUACCAGGACCCCGGCGGACUCAACCUGUCAGUGCUGGGCGUUGGCUAUCCCAUCAGCCCCAGCUGGCUCUCCUACAUGAACUCAGCCAUUCCGACGGGGGCGUCCAGCGUCGCCGCUCAGACCCACGCGCAGUUCACACAGCUUCCCUUCCUAACAUCGGCUGCCCAGCUGGUGCACCCGGCAUCCAGCACGCAAACAGACCGAGCGCUCAUCCCCCCUCGCCUCUACUACCCCUUCCUGUGUGAGCACACCUUCGGACCAGCGAGCGCUCAGAGUGACGCUGGAAAAUCCCUAAAGACGCCAUCAAGCAGCGUAGAUUCAAGCGCUUUGUCUGGAUUCCAGCCUAAAGUGGGUUUGUGGAAAGUUCCUGCUUUGAGGCCGGGAAACACGGCGUCCCCUGCUGGCUGGGUGUCGCCUCAGAGAGACUCACCUGACCAAGGCUACAGAGGCGGGGAGAAGAUCCAAGCUACAGCCAAGGAAGGCAAAACCACCUGUGGUCUCAAGAGAACUGGAGGUCCGAUUAGAGGUCCUGAGUCCCCGGUGGAGAAGAAGCAAGCAAUGGGCUUCACUUUGGACCUUCUGAGGAACAUUCAGACUGCGUCCGCUGACAAACAUCUCCUACAAAUAAGUUUACAGGAUUCACAGCUUCAGAGCCGGCCUGGUGACCUCUGGUACAACAAGACUCUCGUCAGUCCCAGCAGGGAAGCGGUCUCUUUGUCAGCUGGGGCCAACAGCCAAGGCGCGGCUGCCUGCGGCGCCAUCGAAGACGGAGCGUCAGAGUCGGUGGCCGCGCUCCUCACCGAUCUCUCCAAGGCUCUACAGCAGUACCAGGAGGCCGAGCGGAAGAUCUCCCACCUCGAGAAGGAGGACCUUCCCGCCCAGCGACAACUGUGGGAGCACCUGAACAAAAUCCGCAGCGAGCUCUCCCACAUCCACCAGGCGCUGGAGCGGACGGCCGGCCAGAGCGACGGACCUCUAGACCUGUCGGUGAAGAAGGAGUCAACGGACUCACCAGGCGAGCAAACUGUUCGAGAAGACGGCAGCCUGAAAGCCACGGAGACGGAGGAGGAGGACGACGAGGAGGCGGAGGAGGAGAAGAAGGACAAAAAAGAAGAGGAGGACGAGAGGAAGCUGAUUAGGGCGUCGCUGGAGAAGCGUAAGCAGUCGCUGGACAUGCUGAUCAAGAUGAGCCAGGUGUCGGUCGUGAACACCGAGGUUCUGCCGCCAGGCGGUCUCGGUUUGAGGUCGGCUGAGGCGCUGUGGCCCAGCAGAACCACGAAGUGUGAAGCAGAUUCUAGCGUCUUGCUCUGCCCCGACGGCCGAUCCGUCGUGUUUACCGACAUCCCGACCUCCGUCAAACCUCCAAAGAGACCGUCGUCCAUCCAGCGCCUGGAGGCCCAGUGUCCGCCGAGUCCUUUAACGCCGCCCGACAGCUAAGCUUCAGCAUCCGCACCUUACAAGACCAAGAGAAUGAAAAUGUCCUGUUUUGUUUCUCUAAUCUGAAGAGAAAUCAAUUUGUUUCUGUUAACCUCCACGGUUGAGUCCAUUGAGAAUCAUGCAGAGAGACAAUCUUGUGACCAAGUGUGUAAAAUAAUGUAAAUGCAAUAAAUGUAAUUAGUGGAAAAUGUUUUAAAGGGAAAAUGCUGUUGUCUGAUGUUCUGUUAGGCUGCUUCAUUAAAUUUGAUGAAUAUAAUGUAUUAUGCACUGU